UAGAAAAAGAAGAAAGAAAAAAAAAAUGAUGUCUCUGAAUCCAUCGACUUUCGAAACCAUAGUCCCUUCCCGCUAUCUCACCUUCUCCUUCCCCGACCCCCACCGCCGCCGCCGCCGCCACCUCCGCGUCGCCGUCCUCGAUUCUCCCUCCGCCGUCAUCUCCGCCGACGUCGCCGCCGUAUGGGUCCCGCCCGGCCGCGAAACCGACUGGAUCUUCUCCACUUUCUCCGGCCACCUCCAGCUCCUCCUCUCCUCCACCACCACCAACCAACCGCUCUCCCGCCUGAUCCUGGUCGGCAAAACCCCAUCUCAACCCCACCCAUCUUCCUACAACUCCGAUCUCCACCACCCCUCUUCCUCAGCGCCGCCGCAGCAAAAUCUCGCCCCUCUGUUAUUAGCCCUAUCCCCCAAAUCAGCGUUUCUCGACAACGGCGAAAUUCCCGAAAUACCCUUCUUGAUUUACGAGGACGAUGUAGUUAAAAGCUCGGUCUUGGAGAUUUGUGUGGGCCCAUGUGUAGGUGAAAUGUUGGUAGAAAACGUCGAAUUGGAAAUCGAUGGGGUCAAAGAGUUCAGGAGGAGGCUUAGGUUUAAGCGAAUGCCGAAUUUCGUCCAAUCCCAGAUUCGAAUUGUCCCGGAAAGUAAAUCAAGAUUCAAGAAUCUACCGAAUUUUGAGGAUUUGUAUUUCGAAUUGGAUAACGGGGUUUUGGUGCAAUCGUAUUUGAGUCCUAUGGUAGGCGGCAUUUCCGUAAUUAGUCAGUUCUUGGAGGGGCAAAUGAAGAAUAUUGGGUUCCGGCCGAAAGCUUUGUGUUUGGGUGUUGGAGGAGGGGCAUUGGUCGGAUUCUUGAACGCCCAAUUGGAUUUCGAGGUUUUCGGAGUUGAUAAUGACGAGGUUGUAAUAGAAAUUGGGAAGAAAUAUUUCGGAUUGGAGAGCAACGAGUUUAUCCAUUUGUUUACCGAUGACGCAAUUAAAUACGUCGAAACCCUCGCAGAAAAUACAAUCGAGGGUGAUAAAUUCCAUGCUGUUAUGGUCGAUUUGGAUUCGAGUGAUCCUACGGUGAGUGUUUGUGCACCGCCGAUGGGGUUUGUAAGAAAAUCGGUUCUUGAAGCAAUCAGAGAUGUUAUGCACGACGAGGGCGUUCUUGUAAUUAACACGAUCCCUUCGAGCAAGUUGGAUUACGAGAGGCUGAUUUGUGAGUUUCAUGGGGUGUUUGAGGAGUUGUACGAGAUCGAUACUGGAAAUGGGGAUAAUUUUGUUCUUAUUGCAACGAAGUCCAAAAUCGAGAAUGCUCUGGAAGCUAACGACGGCCCGUUUUUGAGUAAGUUGAAAUCGGUUGUUUCGAGAUCGUAUAUAGAUUCGAUAAGGAAAAUCUCGAAGAAGAAUACUAUUGCCUUGUGAAAAAAAAUGUAUUCGUAUUAGAUUCUUUGUACAUGCCGAUUUAUCAACCCGAUAAACGUAUAUGUGUGGCAAAAACUUACUUAACUCCUAAUUUUGCUUUUGUCUUAGGUUUUCAAACAUUACUAUACCAAUUAUUUUACGUA